AUGACAGGCCCGCCUGCCAAACCGGCACCGGCGCCUGUGCCUGCGAGCAAUGCAACCAGCGAACGCAUCAAGGCCCUGGCUCAAGCCGCCCAGAAAGAACUCAACGAGGGCGAAGAGGAGGAUGCUCCAGAUGCCUGGGCUUUGCGGCAACUGGAGCUGGGCCUCCACCGUCGCAGGGGUGGAGAGGCCGCGGAAGUCACAGAGACCUCCUUGGACGAGGAGAUUGCGAAGUUGAGCAGCAGAGAUGGUGUUGCACAGGUCCGCAAGGCUGCCGAACGGGUGGCUAAAGGCCAUGAUGGAGAGGCUGCCACACGUGCAAAGGCAAGCGUCAUCCCUGCAGCUUCCGAGGCGAUGGCCAGGCUCUGGGGGACGAUUAAGGGCCUCGAGGGCUCAGCCGGAGAUCGCGAAGCGAAGCUGGCAGAGCUUACGGCACAGGCUGAGGCUGCCAGAGACGAGCUGGCAGAAAUCGAGCGGCGGGACAAGGAGAUCUCGCGCAUGCUUCGGAGCGUCCAGGAGCUCGAAGAGCUGGCCUGGUCCCUCGGAGGGCUCUUGGAUGAGAAGUCACCCAAAUGCAAGCAGGCCUCGCGAAUGUUGGCGCAGAUUGAGGAAGACUUCUCCCGGCGGCGAACCAAGCGACGGGCCAAGGACAUGGCGGAAGCUCUGCAGGAGACUGGGGCCAGCUUGACAUACCGACAAGAAGAAGACGAAGCCGAAGAAGGAAGCGACGUCGAGAAGUCCGAGCAGGCCUCAGCGCGCCGACGCCAGCGUCGCUCGCAGAGCAAAGGAGAUGAUGGCUGGGACACCUCAGACCUCAGCGAGGAGGAUGGUCUGGAGCAGACCAGGAAAGAUCGUUCCAUUUUCUCUGCUGCCGUGCAGAAGCAGUUGCUGGAUGAUGUGUCUGAAGAGUUUGCCAGCGCAAGAUCUGUCCUGAAGGCUCUCAAGUCCGCGAAGAAGAAGCUGCAGGACGAGUACCGCCAGGCUUUCGUCCACUUGGCUUUACCAGAGGUCUUCGGCUUCUUCGUUGACUUUUCCACCUUGUGGUGGGACCCUUUGCGUCUUCUCGCCGGCGCUGAUGAUGUGAUUUUCGGACCGCGGAAGGCGAUUACAUCAACACAGCUGGAGACGUUCGACUGGUUCGAGGACAUGGCUGCCUUCACGGAACUCUUGGGCGACGAUGACCCCGACGGGGAGUUGGUGCCAAAGAUCGUGCAGCAGUGCAUCUUCCCCGAGGUGGCACGACGCCUGCGCCAUUGCUGGGACGUGACUUCGAUGCCCCAGAGCCAGCGUGCAGCAGCUUUGCUGGACGAAUGUUUACUUUUCGAGGUCGGCGAAGGGGCAGAAGCCUUCGGCGAGUUGGCCGAGGCGGCUGUCGAGCGGCUGCGAGCCGGGCUGCGGACCUUGGCGCCCGAAGUCUUCGUACAAGCAGCUCAGGUCACCACUUGGUACGCCUCUGCUGCUCGCAAGCGUUUGCUCCGGCGGAGCUGCAAGAUUGCCACAUGCGCUGUUCAACUGGAAGGGCGCAUUCCGGAUGAGAAGCUUGCGCCGAUCAUCCUGCAAGACAUAUUCACGACCCGUUUAGCACCGCACCUGCAGGCCCCUCGGCUAAGACCAGAGGAGAUGGACCUCGUGGAGAGAUUUGUGGAUGCACUCCCAGACAGGUGGUUCGAGAAUGGCCUCCCCCAGGCCUUGAGACCACUUCGAGACGUUCUAGGACAUGCUGCAGCAGUAGAUCUACCUUGCCCGAACGCCAUCUCUAGCUGA